AUGCCAAGAAAAACUUGCUACUGGACUCGCAAAUUAGAAUUAGAAUUGGUAGAUUUUGUUCGUCAAAGAGAAUUUAUAUGGAAGCCAAUUGGGAACACCAACCAUCAUAUUCAGCAAAAAUAUAAAGCUUAUGCUGAAUUUGCAGCGAGAUUGGGACGUGGAUUUACAGCUCGCUCUGUGAGAGAUAGAUGGGUAAAUAUUCGGAGCACUUUUAAUCACAAUUUAAGGAGAAUUGAUAAAUCGAAAGAAACAGCUAAGUCAGCAUCUGAUUUAUAUGUACCAUGUUGGCCGCUAUGGAAACCACUGCAAUUUCUUAAAGAGGCUGGUACUACAAAGGAAAACGGUAUUAAUUUUGAAGAAUAUGCUAAAACAAGCUACAAUGAUAUUUUACCAGAUGUAGAUAUAAAGGAAGAAAGGUCAACUGAAUUCGAUAUAGAGUUAGGUAUUAGACAACGCGGUCAAAGAACAGAUAGACCUCGUAGAAAGGCAAGAAAAAAGGAUAAGGAUAAUUGUAAACAAAUUUUGAAUGAUUUGAUAAAAGCAAUGAAUCCAAUAGUAAAUAACUAUGAAACUCAUCAAUAUUGGUUUUUUGGAAAGCAUGUAACUGAACGACUGAACCAUAUGAGAAAGUUAGACGCAGAUUGCGCUAGACGGGAUAUUUUGAAGCUAUUAAAUGAAAUUCCAGAUUCAGAAGAAUUUAGA